UCUCUCUCUCUCUCUCUCUCUCUCCCCGGCCUCUUCUCGUCUAUGGUUUGUAGCGUGGUGUCUCUGAGAAGAGUAGCUUGGUGGAUGGAGAGGUCAAACGAGUGACAGAGAGAGAGCCAGACGGGAGAUUGAUUUGUCUCAUUAGCCUUUGAUCCCUUCACUCCAUAUAUAUAUAUAUAUAUAUAAUAUGCCCCUUUUCUUCUAUUUUUAAGGUUUUUUUUUUCCUGCCCUAUUUCCAUUUGGAUCUACUCACUGAUUCUGAUCGUUACUGUCAGAUCUGAUCUUGAUCAAAGCCAACCCGCACUGCACUGUAAGAGAAUUUUCCACACCCGUCUGAUCAUGGAGCUCCUCUCCUUGUCCUGACGCUCUCUGCUCCCUCCCUCCCUUCAAAUCUUUGAAUACGUACGUACAUACAUACUUAAAAUACAUACAAUAAUCUAUUCUCCCCUCCGAUAUGGGCCAAUGCUACGGCAAGACCAUCCCCACUGCCGAUAACGACAACGCCGCCAUCGCCGUCACCUCUAUUACCGUUUCCGGCGAUCAGGAUCAGACCCUUCCUCCCACCUCCAUCCCCAACCCCGUCCCCGCCACCCCUGCCAGGCCCUCCAGCACUAGCCCUUGGGCCAGCCCUUACCCCGCUGUCGGCACCUCCCCCUACCCCCCAGGGGUCUCCCCUUCGCCUGCCAGGGCUACUCCGCGGAGGAAGUUCUUCCGCCGCCCCUUCCCUCCUCCUUCCCCCGCCAAGCACAUCAAGGCCUCUCUCGUCAAGCGCUUCGGCUACCUGUCCCCUAAACGGGGAACGAUCCCCGAGGAAGGCUGCUGUGGAGAAGGUGGAGCUGCCGGAGGUGGAGGAGCUGCAGCGGAGGAGCCUGAGGCCAGGCAGCAGCUGGACAAGAGCUUCGGUUACAACAAGAACUUCGGAGCCAAGUAUGAGUUGGGGAAAGAGGUUGGACGAGGCCAUUUUGGCCAUACUUGCUUCGCUAAGGGUAAGAAGGGGGAGCUCAAGGAUCAGGUCCUUGCUGUCAAGAUUAUCUCCAAAGCUAAGAUGACAACUGCAAUAUCAAUUGAAGAUGUUCGUAGAGAGGUGAAAAUAUUAAAGGCUCUAUCCGGACAUAAGCAUCUAGUCAAAUUUUAUGAUGCAUGUGAGGAUGCCAAUAACGUAUACAUAGUCAUGGAAUUGUGUGAAGGUGGUGAACUUCUUGACAGGAUAUUAUCAAGGGGAGGAAGGUAUGAAGAGGAAGAUGCAAAAGUUAUUGUUGUGCAAAUUUUAAGUGUCGCUGCAUUUUGUCAUCUUCAAGGCGUUGUACACCGCGACUUGAAGCCAGAGAAUUUCUUAUUCACAACUAGAAGUGAGGAUGCUGAUAUGAAGCUUAUUGAUUUUGGUCUUUCUGACUUUAUUAGACCAGAUGAAAGGCUAAAUGAUAUUGUAGGAAGUGCAUAUUAUGUGGCUCCGGAAGUGCUUCAUAGAUCUUACAGCCUUGAAGCUGAUAUGUGGAGCAUUGGGGUGAUUACCUAUAUCUUGCUAUGUGGAAGUCGGCCAUUUUGGGCAAGGACUGAAUCGGGAAUUUUUCGUGCUGUGCUUAGAGCUGAUCCUAAUUUUGAGGACUUACCAUGGCCUUCUGUUUCACAAGAGGCCAAAGACUUUGCAAGGAGGCUCUUAAAUAAGGAUUACAGAAAAAGAAUGACUGCAGUUCAAGCUCUUACUCAUCCAUGGUUGCGGAAUGAAAAUCAACCUUUGCCAUUAGAUAUAUUGGUCUUCAAGUUAGUCAAGUCUUACCUCCAUGCAACUCCUUUCAAGCGUGCAGCUUUAAAGGCUCUUUCAAAGGCCUUGACUGAGGAUGAGCUGGUAUAUCUUAGAGCUCAGUUCAGAUUGUUGGAGCCCAAUAAAGAUGGACGUAUUUGUCUUGAUAAUUUCAAAAGGGCUCUUGAAAGUAAUGGCACUGAUGCUAUGAAGGAGUCAAGGGUCCCCGAGAUUUUAAAGGCGAUGGAGACACUUUCCUACAGAAGUAUGGAUUUUGAAGAGUUCUGCGCGGCAGCAAUCAGCACCUAUCAGUUGGAGGCUCUUGAAGGAUGGGAGCAAGUUGCGAGCAAUGCUUUUGAGCAUUUUGAACGAGAGAGUAACAGAGUCAUCUCAGUGGAAGAACUGUCACGGGAGCUGAACAUCCAUCCAUCAGCUCAGCUGAACCUCAGAGAUUGGAUUAGGAAUACUGAUGGAAAGCUUAGCUUACUGGGAUAUACAAAAUUCUUACACGGUGUGACCCUCCGCAGUUCACAUACAAGGCAUCGUUAAUAUCUUCUGCCUUGUUGACAUACGAGCUCCCUACUCCCAUUAAUAUUUUAUUUUUUAUUUUUUAUUUUCAAAGGGCGGUUGCUGUAGAGAUUUUCUUUUUCCCCCUUUCUCUCUUUACCCUUUUUUUUUUUUGGUUGGGGGGGGGGGGGGGGGGGGGGAGGGGAUCUUGGCUGGUGAAGAGACAGAUUAUGUAUGGUGGGACAGCCGAGCCUAUGAGAUGAUUGAGCUUUGGCUGGCUGAAUGAAGGAUGAAGAUGUGCUGCUGCUUUUUCAUUCCCUAAUGAGCUAUGUUUGGGGCUGGGGCGUCAGUUAGUAGAAUGAGGCUCUGCUCAGCAACUUUAAAUUGCUGAAUGAAUUUUAUGGAGGGGAAGCACUGUGGACGCAAUGGAGUUAUUGGGUUUUACAGCUCCUCAACCUGAUCGAGUCGUUUUCAUAUUAAAAGAUAAAUAAAUUACAGCAUAUAUGAUAUGAUAUAAUAUCUCAUAUAAGACAGUUUCAGUCA